AUGAAUUUAUUUCAACUUACUCAACUAUCUUCUAAUCAGUUUCAGAGGCCUCGUCGACCCGGGCUAUUCCAAGUCCUUCGACGAUCGGGCUACUGGAAAUGUUUGUCCUGCUCGUUGUUGCUGAUUGGGUGUGGACUCUAUGCAUCAUGGUGCCAUUUCAAACACAUGGCCUACUCUGGACUUCAACCUCUGUUAAUAUUUGUUCAGAUUCGUGUUGAAGACGCUCUGCAGUAUCUGAAGUCACUUCGGAACUCACUGCCAAUCGUGUGGUGGAAAUGCAUUUGCUAUCACUACGUACGAAAAACCCGACAGGUGAUCAGGUAUCGUAAUGGAGACGCAGUGCCGACUACUCAGAUCUACUACGAACGAGUUGACUCACAUUCGGCGGGGAAUGUCUUCAUUUACGAUGUCUGUGGCGUGAAGGUCGUACGGAUUAUUUUAGUGCGUGUGAAUCGAGGUUUUGUAUUCGCUUGCAUUCAAGCGGCAAGAGAAUUCGAAGAACAAAGAACAAGGUUCUUCAACGAAAACGAGACUCGAGACGACUACAUGGAGGUCCGAGAGGGAAUGGAUCUUUCCGAUGUGUGCCGGCUCGAAGACGUGCUUGUUUUUCGCGGAUCACCUCCAUGGUUUCUCCACCCCUUCGCCUUCUGGAUCUUCUCUCUUCUGCUACUCUCGUGGCCUUUACGAAUAUACGCCGAAUGUAGGACUGCGAUGUUGAACUAUCAAGUGACGAAGCUCUUCGGCACAUCUUAUCUUAGCCCGUCUUCAGUGAACUACACAGGACCGUUGACUCGGACGUCCACUAUGGAGACAGUGGAAUUGGAAGCAGCUUUGAGAAGGGAGCAAUAUUUCGUCACUCUCGUCGAUCCGUCAGAGCCUCGAGUUUUCUCACAUCCGAUACCGAUGAACAACGAGCAGGUGGUACUUCGGAAUUACGGAGCGCUUGAGGAAGACCUAGAUGAACUGACUGAAAAUCGUCGGAUUCACGGCAGCAGAAGUUUGAACUUCUUGCAAGCAAUGAGAAGGGAUCCGAUGCCUCGUGUGUCGCUGGCGAUCCCAUUGCGAACUUGUCGCGCUGCACCUCCCAGGUCGCUAUCUAUCGCUGGUCUUUCUGGUUGGUCUAACGGAUAUCAUCCGAUCGGCCGUAGUCCAGUCAAUGAUCGUACACCUCUUCUGGAUCCACCUGAUGAACCGCCUCCAAGUUAUGAGAUGUAUUCGUUUCAGGUAGCAUUACGAAUGUGUGCACCUUUAUACGACCGUCUGCGUCGGUCCAUUUCUUCACGUCUGAACUCAGUCUCUCAGUCGAGUUCAAAGGAGCUGAAAACACAAAAUAAUCACAGUCGUGGUAGCAGUCGAAAUAGCAAUAAGAAUGACACCGACCAUGAUCCGAAUGUAUCCUAG